AUGGGUUUGAUUUCAUAUUACUGUUUGCUAGUGGUCGUUUUUAUUGGCUUGAUCAUCUAUGAUCUUCUAUUUUAUACGACAUAUUAAAAUGAUGUAUGUCCACCAAUAGAGUAUACAGAUGCGGCAGCUGAUGAAACAACAGCGGAUGAGAAUGCCGCUGGAAAUCGAAUAUUAAAUCUGAUGACCGAGAAUAUUGAUGAAUUUAUAAACUCUUAAAAUGCAGCAUAAGAUGAAACAACAGAUGAAACAACAACUGAUGAAACAACAACUGAUGAAACUGCAACUGAUGAGGCAGCUACUUCAUCAUCAGCUUUUGCAAACAAAUUAGUAUUAUAGAUAUUAUAAUAGGUAACAUUACCCUUCAUUAUUAUAUUACUUUAUUGUGGAGUGAUUGGUUUAAUUAUCUUAGCAAUGUUAGGUAUUUACUGUUUUGGCAAAAUGCCUAGUGAGAGAUUUGGGAAUUUAAGUAUUAAAUUAUUAGUCAUUUAUUCAAUUAGAUAUGUGUUGGGCUUGCUUAGGUAUUUAUGUAAGAAACUUUGCCGUUUUGACUAGAUUGUUAUCUUGGGUUGGGAUCUUAUUAAUGGCUAUUCACGCUAUUAUAACCAUAACAGAUGAGGAAUGUUAAGCAGCAAUACAUGAAUACAAAUAAAAUAAGAAGAUAUAUCGUGUGGUAAUAUUAUUGAUUCAAUAAUCAUGAAAGGAAGGUGCUAUGUAUGACUCAUCUAUUCUCUUAAUACUUGUCAACUUAUGUUUUUGGGGAGCAACUCACUGUAUUUUACCUUCUCUAAAGCUAUUUAUUGAUGCAGAAUCCUUUUUAUAUGAACCAUUUGAUAGAACCAAAGGCUUAGCCUAUUGGUUUUGUUGUAUUAUGCUGGGGCCUUGA